GGUUUAAUUUUGAGGUGCCCCCCUCCCCUUCUUUGACACCUGUUCGGCGCCGUGGCUUAGUUGGUUAAAGUGCCUGUCUAGUAAACAGGAGAUCCUGGGUUCGAAUCCCAGCGGUGCCUUUUGAAACAUGGGCAAUGAACAGCAAUCGCGAAACGGCGUCCCUGUCCUGCAAUCCAAUGGGAAGUCGGUGGACUCAGUGAAAUCUGUGGAUUCCCCGCUUUUUUUAGAUUUUCUUUGGCCUGGUUUUUGGAGACUGAUAGUGUGUCUGCAUUUUGAACCAGGCUUCAUUGUGCAGAGACCCGAUCCCGACCUUCCGUUCUUGCUCACAGACUCGAGCAUACAAACUCAGUGCCGGACAGGCAAAAGCCCGGACUCCCCGAAGGAGAAGACACACGUGGCCCAUCUGUGGGGCGGCCGGCUCUGUGGCGCAAUGGAUAGCGCAUUGGACUUCUAGGUUGUUUGAGGAUAGUGCACCUUUGUCGCAGACGCACCGAUGGCGCGCUGGUGAUCUUGAAGGAAAUCCCAGUUGAGCAGAUGUCCCGAGAUGAACGUCUCGCGGCCCAGAAUGAAUGCCAAGUCCUCAAGUUACUCAGUCACCCCAACAUAAUUGAGUAUUAUGAGAACUUCCUGGAGGACAAGGCGCUAAUGAUCGCUAUGGAAUAUGCUCCAGGUGGAACCCUGGCUGAUUACAUACAGAAACGCUGCAACUCCUUGUUAGAUGAGGAUAUAAUAUUACAUUUCUUUGUUCAGAUCUUACUGGCCCUUUAUCAUGUGCACAAUAAACUCAUCCUACACCGGGACCUCAAAACCCAGAACAUACUCCUAGACAAGCACCAGAUGAUAGUCAAAAUAGGAGACUUUGGAAUCUCAAAAAUUCUUGUUAGCAAGAGCAAAGCUUAUACUGUUGUGGGGACACCGUGUUAUAUCUCUCCAGAACUUUGUGAAGGAAAGCCAUACAACCAGAAGAGUGACAUUUGGGCCCUAGGUUGUGUGCUUUAUGAGCUCGCUAGUCUCAAGAGAGCUUUUGAGGCAGCAAACCUGCCAGCCUUGGUGCUGAAGAUCAUGAGUGGCACAUUUGCCCCCAUUUCGGAUCGUUACAGCCCAGAGUUGAGACAACUCAUUCUCAACAUGCUGAAUCUGGACCCAUCCAAAAGACCCCAGCUCAAUGAGAUAAUGGCUCAUCCCAUCUGCAUUAGGCCAUUGCUCAAUCUUUACACUGACAUAGGCAACGUCAAAAUGCGCAGAAUAGAAAAACCACUUUCUGCUGCACAGACAGGCCAUCAUGGAAGACCUGGUGGACGCGUGACCAGUACCAGAACCAGAGGAGGACUGUCCUGUCUAACUUCAACAAAGAUGAUGCACCCAUUGCCUUUAUCUUCAGUGUACACCUGGGGCAGCGGCAUUUCCGUUCCUCUGCGUCUGCCCAUGUUAAACACAGAGGUUAUACAAGUGUCCCUGGGCCGCACGCAGAAGAUGGGCAUCACCAAAUCUGGGAGGCUCAUCACAUGGGAGGCCCCCUCGGUUGGAUCCACUGAGCCCACUCUACCUGGUGCUGUUGAGCAGAUGCAGCCCCAGUUUAUCUCCCGCUUCCUGGAGGGACAGUCUGGUGUCACGAUCAAAUCCGUCUCAUGUGGUGAUCUCUUCACCACCUGCCUAACAGACAGAGGUAUAAUCAUGACGUUUGGAAGUGGAAGCAAUGGUUGUCUUGGACAUGGGAACUCCAACGAUGUGACACAGCCCAAGAUAGUAGAGGCUCUUCUGGGUUAUGAGUUGGUCCAAGUGUCCUGUGGAGCAUCCCACGUUCUGGCAGUUACCAAUGAGCGAGAGGUUUUCUCCUGGGGGCGAGGAGACAACGGCCGGCUCGGUUUGGCCACUCUAGACUGCCACAACUCUCCGCAACAGGUGAGUUUGCCAGCUGAUUUUGAAGCCCAGCGUGUGCUGUGUGGGGUGGACUGCUCCAUGAUCAUGAGCACACAGCACCAGAUCCUGGCCUCUGGGAACAACAGAUUUAACAAGCUGGGUUUGGAUAAGGUCUCAGGCACAGAGGAGCCCCCAUCUCACUGUCAGGUGGAGGAGGUCCACACGUUCCGGCCGGUCCAGUCUGCUCCUCUAAAUAUUGAGAAGAUUGUUUACGUAGACAUCGGCACAGCACACUCUGUUGCAGUCACAGAGAAAGGUCAGUGUUUCACCUUCGGCAGUAACCAGCAUGGACAGCUUGGCUGCAGUUCCCGCAGAACCAGUCGAGUGCCCUAUCAAGUUUCAGGACUGCAGGGAAUCACCAUGGCCGCGUGUGGCGAUGCUUUCACUCUGGCUAUUGGAGCAGAGGGGGAUGUGUACACCUGGGGUAAAGGGGCACGUGGUCGACUUGGAAGGAAAGAAGAGGAUUCUGGGAUACCAAAGACAGUGCAGCUCGAUGAGAGCCACCCUUUCACUGUCACGUCAGUGGCAUGUUGCCAUGGAAACACACUGUUGGCUGUGAAACCAUUUUUUGAAGAGCCUGUUUUAAAGUGACAGUGCUGCCUCUGCCGAAUUCCUCCACACACUCUGCAGAAGAGGCAUAAGGAUUGGACGCGAUACUGUUGCCUCAUUGAGAAUUAUAAGCCAUGCAGUUGCGUUUACAAUGUAACGUGAUUUCCAGCUAUGUAAAGCUUUUUUUGAACACAUGUAAAAAACUGUUUACUUAUAAGAGCAGAAUUGCACUAAUUCUCUAUUUGCAGUAUUACUUAUUUUUGAAUUAGGUUAAAAUUAAUCCUAAAUAUGUAGUAUGUUAAAUAAUGCCUGAUUCCUCACUGAGGCCGGUCUGAAUGGAAGAAAAAAAUGCUAAAUGAUUUUUGUCAAGAUAAUAAAGUGCUGCUUAUGUUUCCACCUAAUUGGAAGUUAAAGCACAAUUUCUAAAGUAAAUGUAUGCCUUCUGGACAUUAUGACAGUUCUACUGUGGGAGUUUCUAUUUGUGGCUAAUAUAUAUAUAUAUAUAUAUAUAUAUAUAUAUAUAUAUAAAAGCUUUAAUAAUAAAAAUACAUUUAUAAUUUAGAAUGAAAUAUUCUUGAUAUUUCCAAUAAUAAUAAUAUUGUAUUUUUAUUGUAAUUUUAAUCAUAUUAUUAGCUAGAACAAUUCUAAUAUGAAUGCAUAUGAAUUUAUAUUGCAUAUUAAAAAGCACAAUCUUGUUUUAUUUUAGGUUGAACCCCAUCGAGAGCUCAUGCGUCCAUCAUGCUAUGAUGUAAUUGUUGUGCAAUACGUGAUGCUCGAGCGUGUCAUUAAUGUAGCGCGCGCCUUUCCAUGCAAAACAUAUUUACCGUUGACGAGAGUUUAAUAUGUUUAAAUGAAGCCGAUGUAUUAAAUAGUCUUACUCUAAUAAACUGUCUUACAUUAUUUCCAUGA